AUGAUGGCGAUUGCAACUCAGAGAUCCGGUUUCGAUUUUGACCGUCUGGUGUGUGCUGCACUUAAAGACUCUAAAUCGAACACCAUCGACGGUGUCGAGAGAUGUUUUGAUAUCCUGCGAUACUUGAAGCGUUUGAAUCUCUCUGUCAAAGAUGUAGUUCGCCAUUCUAGUUCUAUACAUUCUCUGCAGAUUCUGAGAGAUCACGAAAACCCUAGGAUCCGAAACGGAGCUGUCGUCUUGUUCACCUCCUGGAUGAAAACCCUUUAUUCCCGCGGAGGAAACCCUUCUUCUUCUGAUUGCAACAAAGCUAUUCCCCUGACUCUGAAGAAAUCUGCAGAUGUUGUCAAACUAUGUUCCGAGUCGAAGAAGAAACAUCAUCCGACAUCUCAUGCUAUUGCGACAGAGGCUAAGCAAAAGUCUGAAUCUUUGGGGUUGCAAAAGAAUGAAGAUGAGAUAUCUCGGGCUAUUGAAACCAAAGAGAUCAAACGGAAUUUGAAGAAGCCUGACGUUUGCAAGUCUGUUCCAGCAAAAUCAAGGCCUCGCGAGAUGAAAAAGCAGCCGCCUUUGAAAGAUUCUCAAAACCCUAAAUACUGUCCAGCCGUGAAGAAGAACUCAACGGAGAUGUUGGAGCUGUUCGAAAUAGCAAAGAAAUCAGCAGAUGUGGCCAACACAAAGGGAAUUCUCUUGGCCAAAGCAGAGACAUCAAUCUGCGUGGAGACUCUCUCUUUACUCAUCAGUUUCCCCAUCAGCUCAAGAGCUCCUGAAACAAGGCGGAUCAUGGAGAGGCUUUCACAUCUGACAAGGCACAAAGACCGCAAAGUCUGCAACUCUGCAUCUGCGCUUCUUCAACAUUGGAGCCAGAGCAUCAGAGAUCAACGCCAAGAUUCCAAGACCAAAGCGAGGAAAUAG